ACCUGUUGUCAUUUUAUAUUCACCACCACUUUACUUUCUUAACCACCCUGUGUUGUCAUGACAACCGUUACAUCUGACACUUCAGAUGGAAAAGGAAUACAACGCGUUGCAACAAAACGAAACACUGCAAAUUCUCAAUAAAUUAUUAAACUAAGUUUCGUUUUCUAAACAAUGUUUCGCCGUUCCAAGUUAUCAUUUCCAAAUACCAAAGAUGAUCGCAUUAAAAUCAUCAACGAACGUAUUAAUUUAACCGAGAAACAUUUAAUGGAUAUGUGUUUGACAUUUUCCGAUUGCACAAGGAAAAUGGCAAAGUUUCGUGAUUGCUAUGAUGAACUGUCGAAAAGUUUAAAGCAUUAUGCCGACGAGGAGGACAUAAAUGAAAGUCUGACCGAGGGCUUGAAAAAUGUCACAAAUGCCGUGACAGUUAUGGCCGAUUAUAUGGACAUCCAUGUGCAUCGCAUGGAAAUAAAGAUUAUAAAUGAAAUGACUCAAUUUGAAAAUUUGUGCAAAACGAGCAGAGACAAUUUGCGCACCGCAGUCAUAGCGCGAGAUAAGGAGGUUUUAAAGCAAAGACAGAUGCUAGAUUUAAAAAACAAAUUCUCAGCCAAUAAUUCGGCCGCCGAUUCCGAGUUGCUUGAAGCCCAAAAGGAUUUAAAUCGUACAAAUAAAGAAAUCGACAAUGUUAUUUGUGAAUUUGAAAAACGUAAAUUGUCUAAUCUCAAAACAAUUUUGACGGAUUUCAUUUUGAUUGCAAUGAAAUUCCAUACGAAAUCAUUGGAAGCGCUAACGGCCAGCUAUUACGAUGUCUCAAAUAUUGAUGAGCGUGGUGAUUUUAUAGAAUUUCAAAAACUUAUGAAAUCGAAGACUGAAACACAAGAUAAGAAGACAACAAAGAAUAAAAAGGCAAAUAGCCUUAGAUCAUCUCAGUCAAUGGAAAGUUUGGAUAGGGACCAAUUGUUGAGUCCCCUCAAGAGAAUGGGUCGCAUGUCAAAAUCAACAAAAAAUUUAACGGAAGCAAAAACCGAUGACGACGAUGAUGAUGAUGACGACGAGGAUGAAGAAGAGGAUGAGGAGGAAGAUGAUGAGGAUGAGGAAGACGAAGAGGAUAAAUCCAAUGAAGAAGACACCGACGCAGAAGAUGUGGGCGAAGCUAUAUCCGAUGACUCAGCCUCUGAUCUUAAGGCAAAUACCACUUUUAAUUAUAAGAAACCCCUGGCAAAGCCACAGGUUAAACAUCCCUUCAAAGCUGUGGCAGCCACCCAUGUUCUCAAGAAACCCAAAUUAAAAGAGGGUGGUGGCGGCCCAACCAUUGCUGGCAAAAGUAAAAAUGUUUUUGUAACGAAACGUUUAACAGGUGUUUCCUCUAGUACGGGUAUACCACGCUUGGUUAACAGACAUGACAACCCUAACAAACAGAAACAGAAACUAUCAUCGUCAACUCCCCUCAAGGGGGAGGAUGAUGAAAAUGAUGGUAGCAAUAGUGAUGAUGGUAUUGGCGGUGUUGACGACAAACGUCGCCAGGUUACAAUUGUUGAGACAAAAAAGAAACAAAAAUCGAGCAUUGAAAAGAAUACCGCCGAAAAUAUUAUCAACUGCACCCGCAAUAAUAGAAAUUAAUAAAAAUAUUGUUGUUGUUAUUCUGCUCUUCCGUAGAUAUAUUAACUUAUUUUGAAAAUCAAAUAAAU